UCUAUACAGCCGUUACUCACUGUUCAGUACUUGAUUCGUUUUGCUUAUUACCUUCUAAGGUCCUACUACUCUGUUAUAUAUAUAUAUAUUCUACAGUAGCCAUCUAAGCAUGGACAGUGGGGAUUAUUGUCCUCCUUUAGGAAACCUAACAACUACGGCAAUCAAACGGCCACGAAAGCGUUCUAACUCUAUCUGUAACACUUCUGCAUAUAAUCCUGUCAGCUCAGACCCUAAUGAGAAUCGUCAAAAACGCAGAAAAUACAUACUUCAAAAAAGACUAACCCAUGCAGGUACAUAUAAAACCCUCUUUGCCCCCUUCCAAAUGUUAUUUUACAUCUUACUAUCACGUUUAAUUUACCUUCAACCCCCUUUCGCAUCACCCUUCGCCUCCACUUUCUUUCACUCUUGCAUUAUUAUCAUCCGUUUGUUCAUAGCUGUUAUCCGCGGCGCUCAAGGAGCUCAGGAAUGUGGUCGUUUUUCCCAAGAAUACAUAGAUGCUUUGAAAGCAUCCUACACUGGAAGAUCUAAUUACGGUGCUCCGGACUAUGAGUGUUCCUUUUGCCAUGCCAUAUUCUGGUAUCGGGAGAGAUCGACAUAUUCUUCACGUGGUCAAAACAAUAUUGACUACCAUUUAUGCUGCAAGCAGGGAAAAAUACAGAUCCCUCCAUACAAAAAUAGGCUAGAGCCUCUAUCAUCUUUGGCCACUUUCAAUGGUGGCACCACAUCUAAGAAAUUCUUGAAAAAUAUAUGGCAGUACAACUGCCUCUUUGCUUUCACAUCUAUGGGUGCAAACAUUGACAGAUCAGUAAACGAUGGCAGAGGUCCUCCUGUUUUUAAAAUCAGUGGCCAAGUACACCAUCGAAUAGGCUCAUUGCUGCCUCCUGAAGGUAGCCCACCUAAAUUCCUUCAACUUUAUAUUUAUGAUACUGCUAAUGAAGUCUCAAAUCGGCUGAAAGCAUUGCAUUCAGAUGAUGGCUCUGCUUCAUCUCUUGAUCCUUCCAUUAUACAGAAUCUUACUGCUAUGCUAGAUCAGCAUAAUCCUUUUGCUAAGAAAUUCCGAAUGGCAAGGGACAGACUUGAACAGAAUUGUGAUGACGAAUUUGUUAUAAGAAUUGUUGGUGCUCAGGAAGGAGAUCCUGUUCAAUACAAUUUGCCUACAACUGAUCAGAUUUCUCCCUUGAAACAUUUAAACGGGACAUCAUUAUCCAAACAAAAUCUGGCAAUCCAAGGCAUAUAUCAUCUCUUCAUCCUGCAUACAUGCCCCUGCAGUAUCCAUUGCUGUUUCCUUUCGGGGAGCGUGGCUUCCAGGUUGGUAUUCUUUAUAGUGGUUUAGAUGACCGGAAAAAAGGAAAGCGUCAAACCAUUACAAUGCAUGAAUAUUUCCGCUAUCACUUCCAUUAUAGACGAAAUCAGCAUAACCCAUUUCUAAACUACGGCCUCCUUUCGAGUCAAGCAAAGAUUGAUGCACGAGCUGCAAUUGAUGAAAACAGAUUGUGGUUCAUUCUUAGAAACCAGUCUCGACUCCGAGUUGAGAACCUUCAGGGAAUAGCAGAUGCUAUUGGAAGGGUUGCGUUGACGGCAGUGAGAUGGGAAAAUUAACUGUGCUACCUGCCUCCCACACCGGCGGUUAGUGUUAUAUGGUCCAGAACUAUCAUGAUGGUAUGGCUAUCUGCAGGGUCUAUGGACCUCCUGAUUUUUUUUUGUCACAUUCACAUGUGACAUUAACUGGCCCGAGAUAUCCCUUGGUAUUCUAGAAGCUGGUCAAAAACCAUCAGACAAAGCUGAUAUAGUUGUUCGUGUUUACAAUAUGAAGCUAGAAGAAAUGUUAGACGACAUCAAAUCCGGCAAUGCCUUUGGCCACAUUCUUGCAGGUAAUAGUUGGCCUACCACUGCUCCCUUUUUUGUUAGGGGCCCUAUCCUUUUCCCGAAUAUUUACUGAAGUAUGAUUUCCACCCAACCAGCUACUAACUUAAAGAAAAAAAUGCAGUUCUUCACACAGUUGAAUUCCAAAAGUGAGGAUUGCCUCACGCCCAUAUUAUCUUUUGGACCGCCGAAGAUACAACAAAUCCGUCUCCAUCUAUGAUCGAUAAGUACAUAAGUGCUGAAAUUCCUGAUCCAAAAGAAGAUCCUCUUCUGUAUGCAUUAGUUGCCGAGCAUAUGAUGGACGGACCUUGUGGGAAAGACAACCCUAAAUGUCCCUGCAUGAAAAAUGGUAAAUGUUCAAAGGGCUUUCCAAAAUCUUUCCAAGAGGAGACAACUAUUGAUGAAAAUGGCUUCGCAAUUUACAAACAACCUAAUAAUGGACGGUUUGUCCAGAAAGGAGGCAUCAGACUAGACAAUAGAUGGGUUGCUCCUUACAACCCAUAUCUGCUAAAGAAAUUUCAGGCCCACAUAAAUGUUGAAUGGUGCAAUAAAGGUGGUACGACGAGGCCGACGCGGAGUACGCAGAGGAGAGCGUAGAAGCAACUGGGACUGGGGAAGAGAACGCAGGGCGUAGCACGAGGAGUGGACGGGCGGUGGACUGUCUUCGUCACCGGCGAGGUCAGGUUCCUCGGCCGUGACCGAAGCCAGCUCGCACCCAAUACGGGAGAGCUUUAUUCUUCGAUGAUCCAAUUACAUGCUAGGCGGUGACCUUUAUAGAUUAGGUCCCGAUCAGGCUAGCCGCUAACAACUUGCUAACAAACCAAAACAAACUCCCUAAACAAACUCCCGUAACAGCAGCACCUUGCGCCCAAGCCUAGCCACUUGGUUGUUGCUUCUUGUUGCGCCGCCGGUACUGCUUGCCGAGGAAAGCGUCGACAACACUUCCUCCCUCACCGCAAAACAGCGCAUCCUCGAGCUGCCAGUGAGGGUAGAGCUUGACGAACUCCUCCAACGGCUCCCAGGUGACAUCGGCAGUCGAACACCCCGUCCAACGGACCAGAAGCUGCCAGGAGCCUCAAUUGAGCCUUACUAGUAUUGCAUAGGUUAAGGUUGCUUCAUAUUGUUUUAGAAAUUUGAAAAAGGCCCAAUUCACCCCCCCUCUUGGUCCAUCAAUCCUUACAAACUAGCUGACACGGUGCGGGAUCCUGCCGUCUCCCCAGGCAGUUCCACCCGAAGGGAACACUUCUCCGCGGACACCAGCUCUCAAACUAGCUGCACACGGGCACACAAAACAGCCAUCAAACACGGAGGCUUCUCCUAUAGGGUCCCUAGCACAGGCGCUCACACCACGCACGGACAUGGCCGACAGACACAGGGGUAACAGAAGGGACCUACACCAUUAAGACACGAGCGGGUUUACAUACGGCUUUCCCUUUCGGGAAGCCCCAAGAACUGGGAAGAACAGAGGAGGCUCACCUCAACUCGGCUAUGUUACAGUGGACGCACUCUCUGGGCAAUGUAUUAUACAGUGGAACAGGAACUGGAACUAUCUCCGCUACUCUCGCUUUCUCCGAUCCUUCUUGUUUCCCAAUGCCUUCGAUUUCCCCAAUGUCUCCUUGCAUGCAGCAGAGCACCGCCUUUUAUAGACACGGCCAGGAUUGCUUCCAGUAGCGUCGACCUAAUCCCCGCAGGCAUGGGCUUGAUUGCCUCGCAUGCCACAGAGUUGAGCACUUCAGCAGCGUCGUCCUAAUCCUCGCAGGCAUGGACUUGAUUGCCUCGCAUGCCGCGGAGUUGAGCACUUCAGCAGCGUCGUCCGAAUCCUCACAGGCAUGGGCUUGAUUGCCUCACAUUUCACGGAGUUGUGGAGACGCCUGGCUUGCACCUCCAUGGACGGAUACGGCUUCAGUCUUGGAGUGGCCUUCCUUGGAUGGAUACGGCUCCAGUUUUAUUCAAACAGAUGAUGGUAUUUAAUUUUACAAGCAUUCAUUCAUAUUUAUAUUUUGUUUAUAGGCAUUCGAGAUAUUGGUACAUUCUACAGCAUAAGCAUUGAUUCGAGAAAAUUUAUUCGGUGACCUUCUGCCGGGACAUACGUGGCUUACCACGCCCGGAGAUUUGGUAGUACCACUACCAAAUACUAAACGGGGGAGGGUCUUCCCAUGCCCAAUUAUUGAUAUUCGUGAGAAUAUUAAUAUACUUUGGCUAUAUUUCUAGAAUAUUUCGAAUCUUUAUCCAGAUAUUGGUAAUAUUAAGGUACCUUUGCGAUGUUUGGAUCUUAUUUGGUAUUCUGGCCAUAGCCUCGAAUAUUCAUAUUAUCUUCAUUUUUGUCAUCUUCCAUGGCAUCAUCUACCAUUGAAAAAUCAUAUUUAUCAUUGAAUUCCUUUUUGAGGCAUUCAAAUUUUUCUUGCAUUUCUUUCUUGAGCUCAUUCAGUAUUUGAUUUUUCAAUUCUUGUUUGAGCUCUUGUAUAAUUUGGCUUUUUAUUUCCUUCUUCCAUUUAGGGGCUAUAUGUAACACCCCGAUGUUAAUUUUAUGCUUAAACGUGCUAAUCUCGAGCCUAAGCUUGUCAUUAGCCUUAAUUGAGUUUGCAUAGUGUACUCCACUUUAGCUGAGUUCAAUCCCCUUUUUCUCCCUGAUCCGAGUUUCAAAUCAACUUUUGUCCAAUAUCAAAGUUGUAGAUCUUUUCAUCCUCUACAACUUCUAUUUUGGCCAAAUUUCAAGUUUCAAUAUGAAAUUUUGAAAUUUGGGCGGUCAAAAUUGAGUCAAAAGCCAUCAAACUAGGUUCCUGUUUUUCCACUGUGCCCGUACCGCCGCCCAUGCCGCGACCGGCAACAAUGCCAGCGACUCCACGCGUCGGCCGUCGGCGAUCCUCACUCCGCUCGAGCGCGUUCUUAUCCCACCUGUGCGCCUUAUCUCCCUCCUCUCUCUCGUUCAUCCUCUUCCUUCUUCUUCGAGCAGAGCUGCCCGAGCUCGAGCAACCUCCAUCGCCGGCCAAAUCCAGCGGCCCCAUUCAGUCCCCUUCCGAUUCCUCGCACCCAAGCCUUCCUCUUCUCCUCCUCCACCUCUGCCGAGCCUCCCCGAGCCCGGCCGAGCCCAACCCCGGCAGGAAUCGACACCCCCGCACCACGGCCUCCAUUAAAGUUUCAUCAAAACUCAGGCCGCCGUCGAACUCCACCUCCCGGCCACCGUUUCCACCAACCAACUGCUCAAAUCGAACCUCGGUGGUCUCUUAAAGCUUAUGCUCUCCUCGUUCUUGUGAUUUCCCGUUGUUUCUGCACCCAUUCCCGAACCAUGCCGCCGCCGGCAUGCUGCUGCUCACCAAGAGCCACGCGCACGCGCCCCUGCGCUGCGCCGCCGGGCGCCCCCACUCCGCCUGGCCCCGCUGAACCCUCCCAUGGUCUCCCCAUCACCAUUCUACCUUGCUGCAGGCGACAGCGCCGCCGCCAUUGCCACCCAUGCUACUGCUCCUGUGGACAGCUCUUCUUCGGCCACCUCGGCGUCAACCGAGACCACUCUCAGGUAGCCCUCGCGUCCCUCAUGCUCCCCCACACUUUCCUUGCCGCCAGGAAGCGUCCGCAUUGCAGGAAUCGUCGUUUCCCCAUGCUCAUCUACUUCAACUCGCGACCUGGGACCUUGUGCAACAAUUGAAGCAAGUCCAGGGGGUUUUCUGCACUGUCAUACACUCAUAUGAAUAGUGCUACGCUGGGCUUUUUCAGGAUUUUAGCUGCAAACUUUGAAAAUCUGUAGAAAAUAGUAGGAAAAUGCUAAAAAUGCAAAUAGUUUUGUUAGCUUCAUAUUUUAAUGAUCUAUAUGAUAGAACCAUGAUAUGUGUUGUUUGACAACUUUGGCUGGGUCGUUUUAUUUAUUCUAGAUAAAUACUUUUGUAGCUUGUCAAAUGUAUAAAUGGAGUUAGGAGCAUGAGAAAAAUAUAGAACUAGUUGGGUUAGCUUUGUUUUGACAUGUAGUACUUAGAAAAAAUAUUAAACCUACUGUUUGGUUAAUAUUUUUGUGAUGUGUUGAUUUAAUCAUGGUUAAGGCUUGUUUUAGUUUGUUUAUCUAAUAUCUGCAGUUUUAGAAGUCCCAAAAAUUAUAAAAUUUAUGCAGUAGCUUACUCUUUGCAUGCUUAGUUCACUGUAAAAAUUUCAUGUCCAGAAGCUAUGUGCAUGUUUGUAAAUCUGUUUUUGUUCUAUUUGUCUUGUUGAGGCUAAAAUAAAUGCUUUCUGUUAUUAAUAAUUGUUGGUAAAUUUUUGUUGCAUGCUUUAUCGAUACCUUAACCUUCUGUAAAGUUUUGCUACCAGGUUAUGGCUGCAUGUCAACUUUUUGCAUUUGUUUAGCUGCUAGCUAUAGCCUUUUCUUUUAUGUUUGUUGCUAAAUAGUUCUUUUCUGCAUGCUUAAUUUCAGCAAUUUGUGUUGAUCAUAUGUAAAUCGUGUUAACCUUGUUAGACCAGUUUGUGGUUUGUUUUUAUGUACCUUGCUUAAACUUGCUUGCUAGUUAAUAAAGUUCUAGUCUAUAACCCUUCCUGCUUUGCACUGUGGGUUAGCUUUUCUAAAAUAAGUUUAAGUAAUGCUUUUUGGGAAGUGAAACACUUUAUUUAUAUAGCCUGCUGGUUGUGUACCCUUCUUGAUGUGUUGCUAUCUCUAUGGGCGGCUUGUGUGGUGUUUAAUUAACCUUCUAUCAAUGCCCAUGCAAUAGUGACCUUGAGCUUGUCUUGAUUACCUUGUCUGAUGCAUCGUCCAUACAUUCAUAUAUUAGCAUUGUUACAUCUC